UAGAGUGCAAGCUAUCAGUCCCUCCCCUCACUCAACAAUUUGCAUAGUUGUUGUGAUAUAACAGAAGUCCCUUACCACGUUGGCAGAUAGACUUCCGCUGUGGCUGCAGAAAUCGUCACGCCCAUAAACCAACCGCGCACCAUGCCAGCCGAAAAAGUUCCUGACACCCCAGUGGAAGUCCUUGUGGAGCUCCUAAAAAAAGCCAAGGAGAUAGCUGCAACGAGUGGCAAUGUGCCAGAGGAGCUGACAUGUCAGUUGCAGAAGGCUCUGGACAUAGCCAGCGGUCUGGAUGACUACCUGGAGCUAAUGACCACACAGGAAAGUGAACCUCUAGCAGAGCUAUAUAGAAAAACAAUUUCCCAUGACUGGAAACAAGUGCACAAGGAGGGCAAAACUAUGUUCCAGCUUCCCAAGGAGUGCAUCACUGGACAUGUCGAAGGCCAGACCCUGAAGAUGCUGAUCCACAUAAGUCAAGCUAAGAGGGUUCUAGAGAUUGGGAUGUUUACCGGCUACAGUGCACUGUCCAUGGCUGAAGGUCUUCCUGAGGACGGCUGCUUAGUUGCCUGUGAGUUAGAGCCAUACCUCAAAGACUUUGCUCAACCCAUUUUUGACACGUCUCCACAUGGCAAGAAGAUUACUGUCAAGACUGGGUCCGCCAUGGACACCCUAAAGGAAUUGGCUGCUGCAGGAGAGCAGUUUGACAUGGUCUUCAUUGAUGCUGACAAGGAUAAUUACAUCAACUACUACAACUUUAUUCUCGACAACAAUCUGCUGAGAUUGCGAGGGGUCAUGUGUGUAGAUAACUGCCUGUUCAAAGCCAAGGUUUAUCUUAAAGACGUCACAGAUAGCAACGGACUGGCACUCAGGAAAUUCAACCAGUUUGUCUGUAAUGAUCCCCGCGUGGAGCAGGUCAUUAUCCCUCUCAGAGAUGGCAUCAGUGUUAUCCGCCGGGUAUCUGUGGUCUCUGAGUGCUCAAGAACACAGAGUAAAAUAACAGAUGAUAAAGUUUUCCGCGGAGUCGGAGGGCGGCCUAUCCUCGAUCGGAUGCAUCUUGAUGGAAAGGUGGCCUACGUGACGGGUGCUGGGCAGGGCAUAGGCCGAGCAUUUGCUCAUGCUCUGGGUGAGGUCGGUGCGAAGGUGGCCGUGGUAGACCUGGACAAAGAUAAAGCUGAGGCAGUGGCUGAAGAGCUCUUCCUCAAAGGCGUCAAUGCCAUUUCGAUCACAGCUGACAUUAGCAAAUCAGAUGAUGUCCAGAGGAUGAUUGACAACAUUGUCUCCAAAUGGGGAGCGAUCCACAUCGCCUGUAACAAUGCCGGCAUCAACAUGAACUCAGCCAGUGAAGACACCAGUCUAGAAGAGUGGGACCAAACCUUUAAUGUCAACCUGAGGGGGACAUUCAUGUGCUGUCAGGCAGCAGGUCGAGUGAUGUUGAAGCAAGGAUACGGCAAGAUUAUCAAUACAGCCUCCAUGGCCAGUCUAAUAGUCCCUCAUCCUCAGAAGCAGCUUUCCUACAACACGUCCAAGGCAGGAGUGGUCAAAUUGACUCAGACUCUGGGCACUGAAUGGAUUGACAGAGGAGUGCAUGUCAACUGCAUCUCACCGGGGAUUGUUGACACCCCUCUCAUCCACUCGGAGAGUCUGAGGCCUCUGGUGCAGCGCUGGCUGUCAGAUAUCCCUGCUGGUAGACUGGCUCAAGUGACAGACCUGCAAGCUGCAGUGGUCUACUUGGCAUCUGACGCCUCUGACUACAUGACAGGGCAUAACUUAGUCAUAGAGGGUGGGCAAAGUCUGUGGUAGAAGGGGUAGAUGAAGAGAUGAGAAGUUUUUUUUCCCUCUUCACUCUCCUGGGAUUAGCCUCCAAAAUAGGUGGCAUUCACACAAUCUCCUUUAAGACACCUUUACAGCAGUAUUAGUUAAAAUCUUACUGGAUGUUUAACUUUUGGUAAGUCAACAUCUGUUUUAUAGUUUUGUUGUAUUAGUUUGUUCUCUUUGUGUGGUGUAUAGGUGGCGUUUGUGUCACGUGUGUUCUGACUGUGGCACCCUGAACUUCUUAGUGGAUAAAAAACACAUGUUAAAUAAAUAUAAUAAAAAGAGGUAUAACAGCUGCCAGUCUUCUCGCCACACAAUAGAAAUGUGCUAACAUGUCUGAGAAUAUAUCUGUGAAGUCCAAGAAAGAAAAGGAAAACCGUUAUGUGCCUUCAAACACAUCACAAUUUCUGCUGUAAUUUCUCUUGACAUUAUUUUAUACAUCGAAUGUCUAAACACAACAAUUUUGAUAAAUGUGACUGUAAGUGUUGUCUUAAAUACCACUGAAAGAAACUGAUCCUUUUAUUGUAUUUGUUGCAAAAAGGCAGAGCAUACUUUAAAAAAAUGUGUCUAUUAAGUGUAUUUCUAUAGCACUCAUACAAAUGCAGUUCAAAGGGCUUUACAAGAUAAUUAAAGGUAUGGCAGUAUUGUAUUGUGAUAAACAAAGGGUGGUUUCUUU